AAAAGAGUCGAUUCACAUCGUUCACUUUAAAAAUGGCGUUCACCUGACAGAUAGAUAUAAAUGUUUUCCAGGGAAAUAAAUACGAGAGUAACCAGAAAUUCGUUAGUGGUCGAGCGUUGUGUAAUGGUAUACUUAUUUAUAGUAUUACAGUAGAUUUGUAUUAAGUAUGUAGAUCUGAAAUGGCAGAUAAUUGUAGUUUUGGGGUAGUAGAAGGUAGUUUAUGAUCGAGCUUCACAGCCGGCAUGUUAUUUUGACUUUCCAGAUUUAAUCGGUCUUAUCUGGCAACCUGGGAGAGAAGCUGAAAUGGAGGAGAAUGCGGCUCCUGCGUUCACAUUCGGCUUGAUCGCGGACAUUCAAUACGCCGAUAAAAAGGACGGUUCUAAUUUCUCCGGGACCCGGAAGCGUUAUUACAGGAACAGCCUGCACCUGCUGAGGAACGCCAUCAGGCACUGGAAUGAAGAGGAAGUUAAGCCCAGCUUCAUCUUACAGCUCGGGGACAUUAUUGACGGCUUUAACAGCAAACACGGCGCAUCAGAAGAAGCUCUGCAGAAGGUGAUGGACGAGUUCAGGAGCUUUCCUGCUCCAGUGCAUCAUGUGUGGGGCAAUCAUGAGUUCUACAACUUCACCAGGAGCGCCCUGUUCUCCUCUGCUCUGAACAGCAAGGUCAGAGAAGAUGAGGAGAGCGAUGAGCAGAUCGAUGACGUCUACGCUUACCAUUUCAGCCCUGCUCCCAAGUUCAGAUUUGUGGUCCUGGACGCUUAUGAUCUGAGCAUCAUCGGUCGAGACGAAGCGUCCGAGAAGUACAACCUGGCGUUUGAGAUCAUCAAGGCGCACAAUCCUAACGAGGAACUUAAUAUGCCUCCAGGCAGAUUUCAGAUGGAUGGAAGGUUCGUGAAGUUCAACGGAGGAUUCAGCCAAGAUCAGCUCGACUGGCUGGAUAGAGUCUUGAUCCGUGCUGAUGAGAACGGAGAAAAGGUCACGGUUGUGAGUCACACUCCUGUUCAUCCCUUCUCCACUGACAGCGUAUGCCUCGCAUGGAACUUCGACGAGAUCCUCCCAGUCCUGCGCUCCCACCAGAGCGUGGUGUGUUUCAUGGCUGGUCACGACCACGACGGAGGUUAUUGCGUAGAUGCGGUCGGAAUUCAUCACCUCACCGUGGAGGGGGUCAUCGAGACCCCUCCGGACUUCGACGCUUUCGGCACUGUGCAUGUCUACGAGGACAAGAUGGUCCUCAGAGGGAACGGGAGGAUCAAGGACAGAGUGCUUAAUUAUCGUUGAGGCUGAGGAAAUAUAUUUCUUUAUAGCAGAGAUACGUCUGUGUGUACACAGCACCACGCACCAUACACUACGUACAUUGUAACGUAAAUUAUAUUGUAACGUAUUUAUUGUGCGGAACAAAAAAAUUUGACUUGGUUAUAUUUUUGUAAGUGUGAAUGUUGAUUGAAGAGAAAAGAAGAAAUCUAUUUCAUUAGAAUGUAAUAUUUUAAUAAAAUGUUAUAUUUUAAUAAAAA